AUGCUUGGAAACGGGUACAAGGAGCGACUCGCUAAAGCACAGACCAACAUUGGUUCCCUGCUGCAAAACCUUCCCAAGCAACAAUCAGCAACAGGAGCCGCAGUUUCGAACCCUCCGAACGGUGGCGAUCAGAAUGAGCCAUCUUUGGGAUCGGCUUUCUUCCAGUCCAAGGUUAUGACGGCAACCGGUACCAAUCCCAUCUCUAGCAACACCCCUUCGCUCCCUCCUGUACCUGCCCCUGUUCCAGAAUCCAACUUUUCCUCCCGGCGACAGCAGCAGCAACCACGCACGUCACGUCUGCCGAAUGCUGCCUUCAGCUUGAACCGUCUCUUUGACGGAUUCCCAGAGCUGAACUCCCCCGAGUCCAACUCGCCCCUUCUCCACGAACCUGGUUUCGGACUCCCACUUCCUCUCCCGUUGGGUAACAUCUCUCGGUCGCCUUCGCGAUGGGACGCGCAUGAUGGGAGCCAUACGCCCAUAUCCAACUCUCCUAGAAUUGAGGAGCAGGUCUUUGUCCCUCUUCCUACGACUGCCGCUACCAAGACUGGAACAGAGAAUCUUUGGGGGGAUGUUCGUCUUUCGACCUAUGUCGGUUCCGGUCGUGCUGUUACUAUUGCUAGUACUGCGAUGGUGGGUGCCGUGGUUGUGAUCCAACGCGCUGUGCGUCGAUUCCUUGUCCAGAAGCAAGCCAGGAUGGAUCAGUUCUCGCUGACCAACACCACGGCUACAACCGCUACCAAGGCGACAUCCAAUGAUGCUGCUACAGCACUGACACAUAGAUCCAACAUCUGGAGCAUCCCACCCUCUUCCUCCUUCUCUUCGCAUCGCCAGAGCUCACCCUCCCUCGCUCCUGUUGUCAUCAAAUCAGCGGCCAGCAAUGUUGACAUGGAGACUUUUCAACUGACAUGCCUUCGUCAAUCGACGGAGAUCAGCCAGCUCAAGGAGCUCGUCACCAAGAUGUUGCUCGAAUCUGAGGAGGACCGACGCAAGCUGAAACAGCGGGAUAGGGAGAUUGAGGAGCUGAUGAAGCAGCAGCACAAGCUGACCCAGUCUGCUAGUUUGGCCUCAGGAUUUGACGCGUCGACAAUGAACGCUACGGCUUCGAGGUUCAGUCAGCUGACUGUUGGUGUUGGCAAGGUUACUGCUGCUGGUGCACCUCUGUUGGCGACUUCGUCGACAGCCCCUUCGUUCAACACGUUCGGUAUGGCCGGCAUGGGCAUGGACGACACCUCCGCAGGAGCGACAGAAACGGCUGGAUCCAUUGCUGCAAGCAGCGCGUUGGGAGUUCUUGCAGACGACCUUUACGAAUCCAACCUGUCAUACGCCAGCGCUGUCGGUGGUCCAGCGGCAGCUAUCCAUCCUCUCUCGAUGCCCUCGCGCUCCAAUUCCAUCACCAGCUUGCAACAGCCAUCCUCAACCACAUCUCACCAACCCAACCUGAGCCUAAAGAUCAACGCCUCCCAGUCGUUCUACCAACAGCAGUACCAAGGGUUCAUGGAUAUGGUCAAUUCCCCUUCAUCGUCUGAUUUCGGAUCCCAGGAGGUGUCGACCCCUACAGGAUAUGGUGGUGGACGUGGUCUGUCACAGCAUGGAUAUGGUUCACAGACAAGCUUCCCUAUGUUGAACCACCGCAGUUCUGGCAGCUUUUCGUCAUCUCGCGGUGGCGGUGUUGGCGGUAGCGCGUUUGAUUCUCCGGCUGUUGAGCAGCCUGGUGCUUACCCCUGGAACGUCCCUGCUGCCGGGCUCAGUCACUCUCAAUCUUGGGCCGACGAUAUGAACGCGGGGUAUGGAUAUGAUGCGCAGACGGGAGGACAGUAUCAACAUGGCGCGAUGGGUCAUAGUGCAGGAUUUGACCCUCAGUACAUCAACCAACAGUAUGCGCAUUCCAACCAACAGCAGCAACCUACUCAGUCCACUCAACAGCAUCAACCUCAUUACAGGAACAACUAUCGUCGUCACAGCGACAAGCCCGUUCAUCUCGACUAUCAGAUGUGCGUGGAUAGGAUCUUGCAGGCAACAGACCAACAAGCCUCCAUCCACCUCCAACAAAAACUCAAAACCUCUCCACCUGACCAAAAACUCCAAAUCAUCGACGCCAUCCUAACAACUUCCUCAGCCUACCCACUAAUGUCCAACCGGUUCGGAAACUUUCUCAUCCAACGCUGUUUCGAAUUCGGGUCCCCCUCCCAAAUCUCUCUCCUCGCCCAAGCCAUGCGCGGCAACAUCCUUACCUUGGCCUGUGACCCCUUUGGGUGUCAUGUGGUACAAAAGGCGUUGGACAAUGUGGAGGAGGAUUGUAAGGCCAGGAUUGUUACCGAGAUGUUUAGGAGGAUUCGGGAGACGAUUGUGCAUCGGUAUGCGUGUCAUGUUUGGCAGAAGGUGUUUGAGAUCCGGUGGGUGGAUGCGCCACCGGCGGUUAUGACGUAUGUGAAUAGUGCGGUUGUGGGUAGGUGGGCUGGCGUUGCGGUGGAUGAGACGGGAAGUUUGGUCGUGCAGAAUAUUUUUGAAAACUGUGCUGAGCAUGAUAAGCGCCCGGUGCUAAACGAGAUCUUGCAGUCGGUCACAACGAUCGCAAAGGGUCAAUGGGGCAACUGGGUGAUCCAACAUAUCCUGGAGCACGGAUCCCCCGCGGACAGGGCAACGGUGACACAAAAGAUCCUCGAGGACGCAGUCAACCUCUCACUGGACCAGUACGCGUCCAAGGUUGUCGAAAAGACCCUCCGUAUGGCCGCCGUCCAUUCCACUUCCACCGCCCCUGCUGCUGCUACUACCUCGACCACCGCUGAAAGCAGCAAGGAAUCGACAAUGACCCCAACGACCCCAACACCAACAUCAGGUCCGCCAACAAUAACCCUCAACAAUACCACGACUAUCCCCCUCACCCAAGAAGAAGUCAUGGGCCAGUACAUUCACAUCGUCUCCACCAACGUUAACCAGGACCGACCCCGAAUCCCCCUAAUCGAUAUCGCAGCCGACCAAUACGGGAAUUAUAUUAUCCAGUAUAUUCUGACGAAUGCGGGACAAGCGCAUAGGGAGAUGUGUGCGGGGUUGAUAAAGAGACAUAUGGUCUCGUUGAGAGGGUCCAAGUAUGGGCAGAAGGUUGCGUUUAUGGUUGAGAGGUGGAGGGGGAGUCAGUUUUCGAAUGGUGGGAGUAAUGCAGGGGGUGCGCUCGGACAGAGUGGAUCGAGUGGUGAAGGAAGUAGGUACGGAUCCAAGUCUGGGUCGGGGGCGAAUGGUAUGGAGGGGAAUGGGAGUGGUAGUGGAGGAAGUGGAGGCGGACGCCGCAACCGGUGGUAA